CGGACUGUGAGGGCUUUUAUUUUGGAAAAAGUCGUGCCCUUAAUCAGACAUUGGCGGUUCCGUCCUCACGCUGACAGCUUUAGCUAGCUAACCUCGUACAGGAGAGGAGAAUGGCUGGUCGUCGUGCUGCCCUGAAGGCCAUUGAUUGGCUAGCAUUCGCUGAACGUGUCCCACCAAACCAGAAGGGCAUGUUCAACUCCCUGAAGACAAGGAGUGAUGGAAUCUCUGCCAAGUUAGCUUCUCUGCCUGAAACUCCUGCUCCCAUUGAUUGGGCCUACUACAGGAGUGUGGUGGCCAAAGCAGGCAUGGUGGAUGAGUUUGAGAAGAAGUUCAGUGCUCUGAAGGUUCCCGAGCCAGUCGACACUCGGACCAGUGCCAUCAAUGCACAGGAAGCAGAGGCAAACAAAAGUGCUCUUGCCUACAUUGAGGCAUCCAAGGCCCGCGUUGCAAGUUACGAGAAAGAGCUGGAGAAGUUCAAUAACAUGAUCCCAUUCGAUCAGAUGACUAUCGAGGACCUGCACGCCACAUUCCCAGAAACCAAGCUGGAUAAGGUUAAAUACCCGUACUGGCCACACAAGCCUAUCGCUGACCUGUAAUGUCCUUUAAUAAACAUGUACAUUCUGUAACCACUA